AUGAACUUUCUUGCAGCGCCAAAUGUCCCAGACGUGUUUUUUUGUGUCUUUUACGCGGCGCCAAAUAGUAACUUUUCGGUCUGUGAGCAAAUUCCAGCCGACAGACUGUUUGAGAUCGUUCAGAGCUUGUUACGAUACGACACCCAAACGUUGCAUAAAUCACAAUAG